AUGGAAAAUGGAAUCGAAACCGAAUCUGAAGAACAAGAACAAUCAAACUCAUCACAAGAUCAUCAUCAGAAAUGGAUAACCGAGCAAGAUAAUCUGAGGGAAAAACUAAUCAGUGAGGAUAAUUUCACAUGGAAAUUACCAGCGGCACCGCGAAUUGGUUCGCAAGAGUUGAGAUUCGUUGGUGGCUUUGAUAUAAGCUUCUCAAAGGAUGAUCCAUCAAUGGCGUGUGGUACCCUUGUAGUGUUGGAUUUUCGUACUCUUCAACUUGUUUAUCAGGAUUUCUCUUUUGUCACACUUCAUGUCCCUUAUGUGCCUGGCUUCCUUGCGUUUCGCGAGGCUCCAGUUCUUCUACAUAUUCUGGAGAAAAUGAAAAGGAGUGAUAAUCCUUUCUACCCUCAGGUGUUAAUGGUUGAUGGAAAUGGAAUACUUCAUCCACGAGGUUUUGGCCUGGCCUGUCAUGUUGGAGUUAUGGCCAAUCUUCCAACAAUUGGGAUUGGAAAGAGUUUGCAUCAUGUGGACGGUCUCCAUCACUCUAGAGUUCGAAAACUUCUUGAAGCCGAAGAAAACUCUUCUAAAGAUUUUAUUCCAUUGGUUGGUUGCUCCGGGCAAACAUGGGGAGUGGCCAUGAGAUCUUCACAGAGUUCCAUAAAGCCGAUAUACAUAUCAAUCGGUCACAGAAUAUCACUCCAGACCGCCACUGCGAUUGUUCAGAUGACUUGCAAGUACCGUAUCCCUGAGCCUAUUAGACAGGCUGAUAUAAGAUCAAGAGACUACAUUCGAAAGUUUGAAAUGAAUGCCAGACUGAAGCAAAAUCACUGA